AUGGCCACUCCAGUAACCGGCAUGGACAAGGCCGUGGUGGCCAAGUCAGGGCCUGUAUCAGAUGCGCGUCCGCCUCGUGCCCCUCGACCUCCUAGGCCAAACUUCAGACAGAUUCACCAGUUUCCUCUUCCGGUCAAUGUACAUCACGUUCCUCCUGUAAUUCCUCAUAACCCUCUUUCUCUUAUAAGCGUCGCUCUCUCGUACCUUACCUUCCUUAUCUCCCCGCCCCGUCAAGAAGUCUAUUCGGCCUACUUUGACAAGGCCACCUCGUCGAUCCAUGUUACGGACGAGAGAUCCAUUAAGGCUUUAUGGCAGAUGGGAUUCUUCGGCAAGGGUAGUUUAAGUCGAAGUGAACCCAGCUGGCUGGCGCGAGAGAAAAAACGAAGAGGGUUACAUGAUGGCAAGACCAGUGAGGAGAUUACAAGACUGCGACGGACUGAACGUCGUGAACUGAAGCUAGAGCGUGCCCGGAUGGAAAAGCUGGCCAUCGAGGAAAGACUCAAAGCCGAGGCGGCUGCUAGAGAAUCCGGUGCUUCUGAGUCUCUUGACCAAGAUGCUCAGUCAACCACAGACGAUACGACUAAUGUCACAGCGACUGCAACGGAGAAGUUCUCCUUGAAGAAAGCAAGAGAAGCUCGGGCGCUGGAGGCACGGCAGGCGCGAGAAUUGGCUGCACAAAAUGCCGCUCUCGGCGAACAAAAUCAAACCGAGACCUCUAACGGCAAAUCUGUGCGCUUUUCACCAGUUGUACAAAAGAAAGAAUUCCUAUCCAACUCGCCCUCGUCACUACAAUUGCCUGAUUCCGUCGUCGACAGCCUCGAUGUAGAUGAUUUUCCAAAUGAGGAGCAUCUUCAACUAUCCAACGAAGAGGCAUUCUUCCUUGCCUACUCGCUUGGAGCAUUGCAAAUCUACGAUGCACCCUUGAAAUCCGGAGAGGUCCAAGCGACCUCGCCAAGCACCACCUCUGCCCUCCUUCAACAGUUCUGCAACCACUCCUUCCAACCUGCCCGUGAUAGCUCCGCAUCUCUCCAACCAGAUGAUCCCUUCAUGAUCUCCUAUACCGUCUACCAUCACUUUCGGUCCCUCGGCUGGGUUAUCCGCUCCGGUGUUAAAUUCGGAACCGAUUACCUGCUCUAUAACCGUGGACCGGUCUUCUCCCACGCCGAGUUCGCAGUCAUCAUCAUUCCUUCCUACAGCCAUCCUUAUUGGUCCGAGACAGAAGAACGGAAGAACUACACAGCAGAGAAGCAGGCGAGGAGCUGGUGGUGGAUGCACUGUGUCAGCCGUGUGCAGGCGCAGGUGCUGAAGAGCUUGGUCGUCUGCUAUGUCGAAGUGCCUCCGCCAGCCCCUUCAGUUGAUGAUAUUGGGGCACUAUUUGGCCAAUACAAGGUCCGCGAGUUCCUCAUAAAGAGAUGGAUUCCGAACCGCACUCGUGAUUGA